AUGGUUAAAGAGGAUCAACAUCAUCUCGUAAAAACCACUGAUCAUAAUCACGCAGCAGAAGUGAACCGGAUUAAUGUUAUAAAAGCUACUAAUAUGUUAAAAGAGAGAUCUCAACAAACAAAUGACAAUCCUGCACAGGUUAUCCAAGCAAUUGUAAAUGAUACUUCAUAA